UUGCCGAAGCAGAAUGGCGAACGUUGACGAUCUCUUCAAGGCACACGGCUCCAUCAGCAAGCGUAAACUGGACCAGCCCAUCCGUGAUCCCAAUGAAAUCUACAAAGCCAGCAAGCUGAGCGACAGCUCCCACCCCCAUGCGCAGGUCGAAGACGAUGUAGACAACAACAACAACCCCCCUCCCGCCGAUGAUGACGACGGCGACUUCGGUCCCGAACUGCCGCCAGACGACGAAGAAGGCCGCUUCUUUGGCGGCGGCAUCUCCAAGCAAGAGUCGGAGAUCCUCGACUUCGUCGACAAGGCGGACGCGGGCGGCGACGUGGACAAGCUGGACAGCGCCUGGCUGCGGAAGACGGUGCUCAACCUCGAGAAGCUCAUCAACAAGAACGCGGAGCUGCGCUCGCGAUACGAGGACCAGCCGCAAAAGUUCAUCGACAGCGAGGCCGACCUCGACGCCGAAAUCAAGAACCUGUCGCUCCUGGCCGAGGCCUCGCACCUGUACGGGGAGUUUGUCAAGCUGGGCAGCGCGGCGAGCCUGGUCGGCCUGCUGACGCACGAGAACACGGACAUUGCCAUUGACGCGAUUGAGAUUAUCGGGGAGCUCACGGACGACGAUGUCGUCACGGAGACGGAGCAGUGGGAUACCCUGGUCGGGGCCCUCAUUGACAGCGACCUGCUGAGUCUGCUCGUCUCCAACCUGUCGCGCUUCAACGAGGACGACGAGUCGGAUCGCAACGGCGUCUACCACUCCCUCAGCGUGCUGGAAAACCUCAGCUCUCAAAAGGCCGUCGCCACCCGGAUGUGCGAGGAGGAUGAUUUGCUAAAGUGGCUGCUGCAGCGCAUCCAGCGGACCGAAUCGCAGGUAUCCCAGAACAAGCAGUACGCCGCCGAGAUCCUGGCCAUUCUCACACAGGCAGCGCCCGAGAACCGGGAAAAGCUCGUCAGUCUGGACAUUAUCGACACCAUGCUCCAGCUGGUGGCUCCGUAUCGCCGACGAGACCCGGAAAAGGGAGGCCCGGAGGAGGAGUUUGUGGAGAACCUGUUCGAGUGCCUUACCUGCCUUGUAGACACGCCUGCGGGGAGGGCCAAGUUCCUGGAAGCCGAGGGAACCGAGCUCUGCCUCAUCAUGAUUAAAGAAAGCAAGAUAGCGAAACACCCUUCGCUGCGCCUGCUGGACCACGCAACCGCCGGCACCGCCAGCGUCGAGAUAUGCCAGCGCAUCGUCGAGUCCGGAGGACUAAAGACGACAUUUACCCUGUUUAUCAAGACGCACGACCAGCGGCUCGUGGGGCCAUUGCUCUCGAUCUUCUCCUCCAUGCUACGCUUUCUGCCGGCCGAUUCCGCAGAACGCAUCCGCCUGCUGGCAAAGUUUGUCGAAAAGGAGUACGAGAAGACGGCGAAGCUGGUCAAGCUGCACAGAGACUACACCGCGCGGAUCAAAGCCGCCGAAGAGGAGCACCGGCAGGAGGCCGCACGCUCCGGCGGCGACGCGGAAGAGGACCGCGAGAUACAGCUGCUGUCCCGGAAGAUGGACGCCGGCUUGUUCAAUCUGCAGCUCGUGGACGUCAUUCUGGCGUGGCUCGUUGCGGAGGACGGGGGCGCGAAGCAAAAGAUCCAGAAGCUGUUGGCGGAGACGGACGAUGAUUUAAGGGCGAUUCGGAGGACGCUCAAGGAGCAGCUGGACGAGUUGGAUACGAGUGAGGAGGAUAGCAAGGAGUUGGGCGAGAUGCUGGGCACGCUGAUAGAUUUCCUCGACUGAGGGGAUCUA